AUGUCUAGCCAGGAUAAGAAGCCCCCGCUGGAGUCACGGUUGGGACGUGACGAGCCUUUUGACUUUGGUCAGAGGUAUCUGAAAAACGAAGAGGAAGUUUUUAAUUACAACGCAUGGGACAACGUCGACUGGGACGAGGAGCAGCUCAAAGAGUUUGAAGAAAAGAUCAAACAACAGCACGACGAGCCCGUCUCCGAGUACUACAGAAAGCUAUACAACGACAAGCCAGCCAAGUAUUGGGACAUAUUCUACAAGAAUAAUCGCGAAAACUUCUUUAAGGAUAGAAAAUGGUUACAAAUAGAGUUUCCGUCCCUCUACGAAGCGACGAAGCCCGACGCUCCCGCAACCAACAUCAUUGAGAUCGGGUGCGGGGCAGGUAAUACUAUGUUCCCUAUUUUGCAGCAAAACGAGAACAAAAAUCUCAGACUGUUUGGUUGUGACUACUCCAAAGUGGCAGUCGAUCUAGUGCGAUCCAACAAGCUUUACGAAAAAAACGCUGGAGUUGUACACGCGUCUGUAUGGGAUCUAGCCAAUUCGAACUUAGAGCUUCCAGAAGGCGUCGAGCCGCACUCGAUUAAUAUUGCCGUCAUGAUUUUUGUGUUUUCGGCACUGAGUCCCGAUCAGUGGGAGCACGCAAUCAAUAAUCUGUCGAAAAUGAUGGCUCCUGGCGGAAAAAUCCUGUUCCGUGAUUAUGGCCGCUAUGACCUUGCUCAAAUUCGGUUCAAGAAAAAUCGGCUGCUUGACGAGAACUUCUAUGUCCGAGGAGAUGGCACCAGGGUGUAUUUCUUUACCGAGGAAGAACUCAGAAAUAUAUUCUGUGGUCCUUUCAUAGAGCGCAAAAUUGCAUAUGACAAGCGGCUUUUAGUGAACCGCAAAAAACAGCUGAAGAUGUACCGUUGUUGGAUGCAGGCGGUGUUCGAAGUUCCCGAAUAGCCUAGUGCUCGUUUUUUUGGAUCAUCUUGAUAGAGAUAUGUAAAAAACCGUCCAGUGAUUUCAUGCAAAUAUAGAGGUCGAUUAUAGAGCUGUCGAGCGGUAGGACGACUCCGUGCGAGUACGGAUGUGCCACAGUGUACAUCAGCGAUGAUGGGAACAAGUCUGGAAUCAGGUCCUGAAGCAGGUUGCCGAGAGUAAUUUUUCUCCCCAGAUUAGACAGGACGGGCUGAAUCAGCUUGUUGGACAGAGGAAGAUAUACCUUGAUUGGCAGAUUUUUCAAGCUAGACACACUGGAAGGCAGCAGUUUUCUGAACAUUGACUCGAAUUGUGUCGAAUCUUUGUGGAUGGCGGCAUGAUAGAAAUCGUCUGAGUCUGUGCGUGACAUGUUCAUUACAAGUUUGCUUGAGCCGUUCAAUAUGAAACAUGCCUCCUUAAGCUGGUUUGUCCAGUGGUCUUUGAGAAACGAAGGGUUUUGGUCGAUCGGAAUCACAUAUUCUAUAGGGUAGUCGUAGUAUUUAAGGGUAAUUUCCCACACCUGUUUCUCUACUUGCGCGUCAGUGGUUACGAGGUCGUAGAGUAGGCCAACUGGAAAGUUCCAUUUCAGAGGAACUUUUUCAAACUCAAACCACCACUUUUGAGACUGCGCCAAUCUGGCGUCUUUCAGAAACGGCUUAAAGAACUGAAGAAUGGCCGGCAACGAGUUGUGCAGGUACGAAUUGCGAUGAACAGCGACGUAAAAGCUGGGACAUUCCUGAUUGGACAGCGCGCGAUCGAGAUGGAACUGCAUGUACAAGACGCCGCCCCAUACCCUGCUGAUGAUCUCGGAAGUGCUCAUAAU